AUGUGGUGUCAAUGGGUUAAGUCUUACUUACUUAAGGGUAAGAGCUUUUGGAGUGUUAAAACCCCAUGUGACCCCUCUUGCGUUUGGAGGAAACUCCUUAACCUUAGAUCAGUUGUUCAGGCUCACAUUAAGUAUAAAAUUGGGGAUGACCAAUCAACCUCCUUGUGGUUUGACAAUUGGAAUCCCCUUGGUCCCCUCUUACCAAGGUUUGGACCUAGAGUUAUCUAUGAUUUAGGGCUUCCUAAAGACUCUACUGUCAAGGAUAUCAUUAGGAGCAAUCAUUGGACUUUCCCACUAACCCAAUCUCCUGAUCUUAAUGAAAUAAGAUCUGAAUUACAAGCUGUCCCCAUCAAUGAUUCCAUUGAGGAUAGUUUGGUAUGGUUUUCUGGGCACAUUCCUAGGUGCAAUGUGAUCUCUUGGAUGGCCAUUCUUAAUAAGUUAGCUACUAAGGAUAGAUUAGUUAAGUUUGGCAUGAAAUCCACUUCCAUUUGUAGUCUGUGUUUGGGUGAAGAAUCCCAUGAACACUUGUUUUUUGAGUGCCAUAUGGCUACACUUAUCAGGGGUAUUUUGUCCAUUAAAACCCCUUAUAUGGUAGGGUUGGCAACUUGGCAGCAGUGGGUGAACAGGUUGUCCAAUUUCAAGGGUAAAUCUUUGGCCAUCACAAUUGUUAAACUUGUGUUCACAGUGUGA